GUUUUCUUCAAACCUGUCGGCAAUUCCAAGUUUCUUCUCCAACUCCACGCACAGAUGCGAUUUAUUGGAAAAAAUAGUUAAAACCAAAAUGCCAAAGGUUGCGCCAACACGGUGGAAUUAUAACAUUCGCACAGUCAGUGCCGUUUUUGAGAACCGUGAAAGUCUUAUUGAUUGUUUCCGGGAGUUAGAGAAUAAAUGUGAUAAAACAAUUACUAGUAAGGAGGCAUACGGUUUAAGAAGAGCACUCGAAGAUUCUGAUUUCAUCUUUUUUUUGACUUUUUUUCACAAAACCCUACCGCACGUAGCUAUUUUGUUUAACCAGUUUCAAAGUAGGAAUAAAGACAGGACACUACAGAGGAUAUACAGCAAACUGUUGAAAAUGAGCAUGGAGACAAUGGAAAUAAACGCAGAAAAGUAGGACCCGAAGAAAGAAAUUGUAUUAUUGCAAAAGAAGUUUGCGAUAUAAUAAUUGUACAGACAAAAGAGAGACUUUCUUACAGGGGUCAUCUAGAAGCUGCAUCUUUAUUAGAUACACAAAACUUCACAAACUAUUCGAGAUAUUUUCCAGCAAAAAUACUGAAUUCAGUUGUGACUUAUUAUCCAAUGGUAAAUAAAGAAAAACUGAAAACCGAAUUAGAAGUAAUGUACAUGAGGGAAGACUUCAAAAAUAUUACAGGUGGUUUGAAUUUGCUGUCCCUACUGACUAAUAACAACCUAGAGGAAACUUUUAGCGAAGUAACUAAGUUGUUGCAAAUAAUUAUAACUACUCCCAUGUCAACUUCCGAAGCAGAGCGCUGUUUCUCAACCCUUAAGAGGAUAAAAUCGUUUUUAAGAAACUCGAUGGGC